AUGGCAAUAAAGCACGCUGACAAUUUUGCCGCCAAAUAUCCAGUAAAAAGUGCACCUGACAAACUAAAACAUCUGCUCAGUUCGGAUUCCCGACCCGAGUAUCUCAACGGCCUUCGAACACAACCGCGCGCGGCAAAGCUCAAGGAAAGACUGAAGAAAUGUCCGCGCGAGCUUUCAGCGGAACGAUGCGCGCGCGCUCCAUAUCUCCAUCUCUUUCUUGUGUACGCAGUUGCAGCGCUCUCCGUCUCCCUCUAA